UCAGCUGCUGCCGCACUGUGUCAGUUAGUGUCGGUGAGCUCAGAGAGUCGGAGCUCCACGGACCUGCUGCUGGUCAGGACGACGAUGAUGAUGAUGAAGAUGAUGAUGAAGGAGCUCGUCCUCGUCCUCGCUUGUGUCCUCAGUGUCUCUGCUGAAGGUCUACAUGAUGACCUUGCUGUCGGUGGCUGCUCAGACACUGGUGGAGAGUUCACAUACAAUCUGGAUGGUGAAGAGAAGUGGUUUGCUGACUUCGUCAACAAGAGAGGAGUUAAUCCUCAGCCCAGUUUCAUAGAUCCAAUCACAUACCCGGAAGGAGCCUAUCAACAAGCUGAGGCCAAUCUACAGAUCUGCAGAUCAAACCUGAACAUCGUACGUGAAGCCAUGAAGGACGUCCCACUGGAAAAUGAUCCUCCUUCCAGUCCGAUGAUCUACACCAGAGACUUUGUGGAGCUCGGAGAGAAAAACACCCUGAUCUGUCAUGUGACUGGUUUCUACCCUGCUCCUGUCCAAGUCUACUGGACCAAGAACGGAGAGAACGUGACCGAGGGAGCGAGUCUCAACGUUCCCUAUCCCAACAAAGAUGGGUCCUUCAGACAAACGUCCAGACUGGACUUCACCCCACAGUCGGGAGACGUCUACAGCUGUUCAGUGUCACAUCCAGCUCUGAGCCAACCAGUGACCAGAAUCUGGGAUGUGGAGGAGCAGCAGCCCAGCACUGGACCUGCAGUAUUCUGUGGACUGGGUCUGACUAUUGGUCUGCUCGGUGUGGCUGCUGGAACCUUCUUCCUCAUCAAAGGAAAUGAGUGCAGCUGAUUGGCUGAGGCUGAUGAUGUCAGGCUUUCUGAAGAGAUCGUCCUAUCAACCUUUAACCUGCUUCAGUCUGUUUUUUUGUCCGUCAUUUUGCUGCUGUAAUAAGAUGAUGUUUUUCUCCUGCUUUAAAGACGACCUCGUUGUUAUAAAGAAAAAAAUUGUGUUCUGUCUUUGAUCAGCUGCAAUAAAGCUUCACUCUGAGAAUAAAGUAAAAGUAAAAUCCA